CACAACUUGUCGAAGAGAACUCAGCAUUUCGUUGUCAGAAGACGUUGACAGUAGAACUGAUUUUGAUUUGCAAAUUACAGUAAAAAAAAAUGGCUGGUGCCGGCCCAGGAGUUCCAUCAAGUUCUCGAGGUGGAGAAAGCAAAUAUCGUCAACGUGCGGUGGUUCUUGGAAACCUACCAGAUGACUUUUUGAAACCUGACAGUCUUGUGGGUAAUAGCCCAUCUAACCAAGAAAGUAUUGACAGAGAGUUUGCCAUUCAAUUACAUCAACAGCAGCGGAAUGCCAAUAUUCAAUAUAUUAACCAAAGCUAUGCUGGUCAGUUGAUAAUAACUAUCGUUGAGGCUUCAUUUGUGAAGAACUAUGGAGUAACUCGAAUGGACCCUUAUGUCCGCGUACGCAUUGGUCACACAAUCUAUGAAACUCCCGCAUGCCCCAGUGGAGGAAGGACUCCUCGAUGGAACAAACGUAUCCAAUCUUAUCUACCAACUGGAGUGAAAAGCAUCGGUAUUGAAGUUUAUGAUGAAUGCGCUUUAACAAUGGACGAACUGAUUGCGUACGGCCAGAUUCCGAUUCCGGAAGCCGUUUUCCGUCAAGAAUCCGUUGACCAGUGGCUCCAACUGAGUGGUAAACAAGGCGAAAACAAAGAAGGGUCCAUUCGUAUAAUAUUUACGCUUUUGCCAAUUGCUGCGCCGCAGUUCAUUGCGCCGGGAGCUAUGGGAUUCGCUAUGGCUCCUGCUUACGGCGGGUAUCCGCUUGUGAAUUCAACCGUCAUCCCGGUUGCCCAAACACCGAUAGCUGCACCCGUGAUGGUCAUGCCUGCCUAUGGCCCUACCUGUGUAUCCGUCCCCGUUUAUAAUUCUACCAAUCCAGCAACCGGCAUGGUAACUGCCCAGGGGCAUCCUUCCAUGGUUUCACGCCCGAAGCCACUUACACAAGAGGAAAUCAAGGAAAUCAUGAGCAUGUUUCCGACCAUUGAUCCUCAAGUAAUUCAGAGUGUCAUUGAUGCGUGUGACGGUCGCCGUGAAGCCAUCGUCGACAGCCUUCUGCAGAUUUCAGAUCAGUGAACAGCUAUCUGGCCAAGGAUGGUUGAAGGUUAAGUAUUUAGUUCAGUUGCGUUUUGUCAAGUAUUUUUGGUGUUUAAGAGCUUUUUUAAAUUUAUUGAUAGCAGAUUACAGAGAUAUCCUUUUACUUUAAGCUUUACACAAUCGCUAGUCAUUUAUCAGAGUGAAACCUAUUCCAGAAAAUUGCUGUGUAUUAUCACAUCGUAUUUCUUCCAGUCUAGAUUUCUAAUUCCUACUAAAUUGCCGUUCUGGCGUCAAUUUGUGAAAAAUAUAUAUGUUGCAUAACUUU